AUGUAUUUCUAUCGUCUUGUCGUUAUCUUUUUGCUGUUGUGUAGCCUUUCAAAAUGUAUCCGCUUGAGAAAAAUAGAGAAAACUGCAAAGUGCACAGAGGAUAUUCGCUAUUUUAGCCAAAACAAUUUAUUUGCUGCUGAAUGUAUUACCUUGAGUGCUGUCAAGCGGGGAUAUCGAUAUUUUGGAUACAAGAAUACGACAGUGGACGGUCGAGCGUGUGUUCCGUGGAAUCGUGUCUGGCACUACUUUGCGUUGAACGAAAUCACAGAUUACCCGCGAAUUCACGAGAGGCAAACACAUAGCUAUUGUCGUCAAGCUGCUGAAUACGAUGCUCAUCCGGAUGUUUUUACAUUUUCCUUUGAUGGUUCACUGAUGCCAUAUUGCUAUGCCUAUAAAAAGGAUCAAACAACCCUCGAGCCCGUGCUUUGCUUUAAUCUUUGUAAUAAAGCAUGUGUAAAAGGAGAUCCUCCCGUUGUGCAGAAAAUCGUACAAGUUGUCGAUCCACCUGAACCCAAUUACAACGAAGAGAUACUCGAUAAUUUGGCGCACUAUUUUAAGGCAUACAAUUGGGGAAGCGAUGAAGCUAUUCAUCUUUACUAUGAUGAGCUUCAAUCAACCAUCAAACAUUCGGAAGCUUUCCAUAAAGGGAGAACUGGGGCUUUCUUGGGAGCGCUCGUGUUUAUGUUGAUCAUUUCUUUCUACUUCUUGGUCGUGUGCACUCUGAAACGGCGAGCGAGAAAUAGUCGUGAAAAGAAAGACGCGGAGAAGGCAAACACGGGAAAGACGGCAACGCAAAAUGCAAUCACGAAAGCCACAUCCACAACUUCCCAAAAAAAG